CGCCCGCGCCAGCGCGGGGGUGACGCGGAGAGCCGGGAGGGCCAGGUGUAGAGAAAAUCCAGGUAGGGGCUGCAGUUCCACUUCUGGUCCAGCUGCCAUGCAUCAUAGUCGAAGUACUGGCAAAGGAGCCUCCACGCCUACACAGAUGUACCAGCCACCACCACGGCUUCUCAUUGUGCACAUAGCUCUACCUUCAUGGGCUGACAUCUGCUCCAACCUCUGUCAGGCUCUGCAGAACUUUUUUUCUCUAGCCUGCAGCCUGAUGGGUCCCAACCGCAUGUCCCUGUUCAGUUUAUAUAUGGUACAAAAUCAGCACGAGUGCAUUCUUCCCUUUGUGCAAGUAAAAGGGAACUAUGCUAGGCUGCACACCUGCAUCUCAGAGCUACGCAUGUUGCCGAGAGAAGGUUGCGUCAGACCCCAAGGCACUUCCCUGAAGCUGGCAGUAGAGGAUGGACUCCAGCAGUUCAAACAGUACAGCAGGCAUGUGGCCACAAGUGCACCUAUGUCCUACACUUCCCUGGAGAUUACUAUUCUGACUUCCCAGUCUGGAAAAGAAGUGGUCAAACAAUUGGAGGAAGGGUUGAAAGAUACAGACCUAGUCAGGGUCAGGAGGCUUCAGGUCGUUGAGAUCACAAAGGAAGGCCUAGAAUAUAUGGACUCAGCAUCCCCUGUUGAAGACCCCAGCAACGAUGACAGUUCUAUCCUGGGAACUGACAUUGACCUUCAGACUAUAGACAACGACAUUGUCAGCAUGGAGAUUUUCCUCAAAGCUUGGCUACAUAACAAUGGAACAGACCAAGAGCAUAUCCAUCUCCUUCUUCCUUCACAGAGUGUCGGCAGUUUUUCCAGAGCCAGAGAAAAUCCAAUGUGUCUGAAAUGUGAUCUCCAAGAGCGACUUCUCAGCCCAUCCCUGCUCCCUGGCACAGCUGACGGCUCCUUAAGAAUGGAUGACCCCAAAGGAGACUUCAGCACAAUCCACCAGAUGGUUUCCCAGUCAUCAGCCUCCCGUUACAAGCUCCGGGUGAUCAAGGCUCUAAAAUCUAGUGGGGUCUGCGAGUCACUGACGUAUGGACUCCCAUUCAUCCUCAGACCCACAAGCUGCUGGCAGCUGGACUGGGAUGAGCUGGAAACAAAUCAGCAGCACUUCCAUGCUUUGUGUCACAGCUUGCUGAAAAGAGAGUGGAUGCUGUUGGCCAAAGGGAAGCCCCUGAGCCUAGGACACGACCAGAGAGUCCCUGCCAGCACCUUCUACGUGAUCGUGCCGUCCCGCUCCCUCACUCUGCUGGUCAAGGCAGUGGCCACGCGGGAACUGCUGCUGCCCAGCUCCUUCCCCCUGCUAACUGCGGACCCGCCUGAGGACAGCCUUAAGACUGUGGAGAGCCUGCUGGACUGCCUGGAGCUGGAGCCCACCUACAACCCCUUGCAGGUUUGGAGCCACCUGUACUCCCACCUGAGCAGCACCUUGGCCAAGCCUCAGGGGCAGGGGCGGCUCCACUCCAGCUGGGAGAGUCGGGCCAUGAGAAAGGCUGGGCAGUUGCAGACCAAUCGAGUUCGAGCUACAGUGGCCCCCCUACCUAUGACUCCAGCCCCAGGCAGAGCCCGCAAGAUGCCAGCAGCCCAGAAAGCUUCCACAGAAACCUUCUCACUACCUUCCAGCGAGGAAGAGGAGUAUCCCUCCAGGCCCUAAGUCUCCUGUGCCAGAGCCCAGCUGCCUGCCAACCCUGUCUGGGCUAAGCCUCACACAAUGGCUGCCUGUGGCCAGAUGUGCCUUCUACCUACCUGAGCCUCUGUGAGCUUGGGGGUGACUGGGAAAUGGUGCCCUCCCCUCCUCUGACCCUCAGAACUGCUUCCGCCCCCCCAUCUCAGACCAGGAAGAUACCUCACAGCUCUCCCUUUCCAAGCAGGGGCUCUACUUUCCUUUGGACCAUUUGAUACUGUUAACAGAGACGGAGAUUAAACACCAUUAAGCCUC